GACCUUUUUGGCGUUCCAUACAGGAGAUCGCAGGUGUCUGUGGGAGGAGCAGCAUUCCGCGUCCGCGAGAGUUUCGCGCUGAAAAUACCUUUGGAUACGUGCUUGGGCUCCUUCUCAGAAGUAGUUUAAUCUAAAACAGUCCAAAAGAAUCUUUUAUUCCGAUUCAGACACACUCAGUCUCACUCAAGACGACUAAGAUCCGCUGCGGUAAGAGAGUGAAAGGAAAACCUGAUUCCUUUUCUUAAUGGCAUAAAUAUUUAUCACCGGUCUGUCAUGGACAUUAAACCGGACUGCCUACAGCUCUCCGUCUCUGAUCGAAUGGAUCCAUGUACUGAAGAUCCCGCUGGAAGACCUGAGGAUCACGUGUUUUAUGGAUGGGAUGUUCCUGUCUUUUCUGAGCAGGAUUAUUUGGAUUUAUACACACCCGUGUCUGGUUUAAAAGCAGCCGAUCAGAGGAAAGAGCAGGUGAAUGUGGACAUGAAGAAUGAGGAAGCAGCUGUGACACCUGCUGGAACACCUGCACAACACCUGCGCGGUCCAGAGGACUCUUGGAACAUCGAUUUAAUUGAUUCAGCACAAGGCAGCAACAGCAGAACUGCUUCGCUCUGCACAUUAACUUCGCAACUGCUCUCAGAACAUGGCGUCAGUCGUGACGAGUUCAGCCGGAGUGUGGUGUGGGGCCGCGUGACCCCUGUGCACGAGUCUCUCCUGGAGCCCGCCGAACUCCUCUUCAGUGUGUCCGUGCCCUGGCUGCCUGUGGAACUACCGUUCAGAUGGAGACUAAGCAGCACAGCCCAGGAGCUGAUGGAGGCGGUUCUGGAGACUCUAGAUCAUUCUGCUGCUCUCAGUGGACAAUACCUGAUGAAACUCUGUGACUCAGAGGAGUUUCUCAGAAGUGAUGAAAUGUUGGGAUUAUACGAACGCAUCCAGGUGUAUCAUAAGUUUGCUUCAGAUGUUCCAGUGAGGAUGGUGCUCAGAGACACCAUUGGCAGAACCCUGACGCGAGAUGAGGAAGACGACAGGCAGAUGUUUCAUUUUAAUCAAGUCCUCGCUUCUGCUUGUUCAUUCAACACAAUAAGAUCAUGUCUGCAGGAGAAACUGAGUAGCUACAGCGAGGAAGUAAACAAGCUCGUGAGAAGCCAGUGUGGCGUGUGUGUGAGCGAGGUCGUGGAGAGCGUUCACGGUGUGUGUGAGCAGCUGUGUGGCGUCACUACAGCCGAUCUAGAGGAGGCCGUCGGGCAGCUCAAGCGCAUCGCUCCGGUCACGUGGACUCCAGCUGAAAUGAGUGACUGUGAAACUGCUGUAGUGAAGAUCCAUCAAGCUCUGCUGAAGCUGCUCCACGUUUUCUUCACAAACUUUGAUUUGGACUUCAGAGGACCGGAGGACGUUCCCGAUCCAUCUGCGGCAGACGUCGAGCGCAACACAUGCAUGCUGCAGCUCAACCUGACGAGCCUCUACAGACUGCUGCCCGGCUGGAUAAACGGAUAUGAUCACUUCAGCAUGAGCUGCUCUCUCACACACUGCGGCAGGAAUCUGACUGAACCCGUGCUGUCGGAGAACAUCAGCACGUCACUGCAGCUGAACUGCAAGAUCCAGUGCAACCGUCUAUUGGUGUUUCCUGUUCCAGUAAGAGAGCUGCCAUAUGAAUCAAUGUUGACUUUUCAUCUAUUGGGCUCAAAACAGGCCAAAACCCCCGAGCUGCUCUGCUGGGCGGCCCUUCCUCUCUUUAACAGCAAGACUCUCGUUCACGGCACGGUUCUGCUCAGCAUGUCCACGCAGGUGCCGCCCAGGUGUCCACCGUCCGCGGCACUGACCGACGGCCAUCGGCAGCCCACAGGAGUCAUUCUGCAGAUUGAUUUCCCAGACUCUAAGCUGUGGCGGUAUGAGCGGGCGUCCGCUCGGCCCGGAUCGGUCCACGACUCGACUCUCUGUGAGGAGCUGCAGAAGAGGAUAGCAGACGUGUCUCAGAAACACUCCCUGUCUCUCAUGACUGAAAAUGAAAAGGCCUUCCUGUGGAGCAAGCGGCACAUCUGCGGCGAGAGGAACUCGUACCUGCACCUGGUUUUGGGCAGCGCGCCGCAGUGGAGGCCGCAGAACUUACCAGAGAUCUACUGGAUCCUGCAGCGCUGGGGCGGCGCGAGCUGCGAGGAAGCCCUGUUCCUCUUGAGCCACGACUUUCAUGACCAGUAUGUGCGUUCAGUGGCUGUGCGGCGGUUUCAGCAGAUGUGUGACAGCGAGCUGGAGGAGUUUCUGCCACAGCUGGUUCAGGCGCUGAAGAUGGAGUGGGACGUGGACGGGCCGCUGGUGACGCUUCUGCUCUCCAGAUCUUUGCGCUGCAUCCGUAUCGCUCAGCAGCUGUACUGGCUGCUGCUGGACGCUCUGGAGGACUGGCUCUAUAAGAGCUGGAUCAGUAAGGUCCUGUCGGCGCUGAAGCACUGCUGCGGACGCACGCUGAGACUCGAGCUGCAGCGGGAGAACAGGCUGAUGGAUCUGCUCACACAAGUGGCCCAGAGAGUCCGCACCGCUGACAAAACCAAGAGAAAGGAUGUGUUUAUCAGAGAGCGAUGGAAGAUUGCCAGCUUUUUUGCCGACGGACAGUCCUGCAGGCUUCCGUUAGACCCGGCGGUUGAGGUCAAAGGUGUGAAUGUUGAGGCUUUUAAGGUUUAUAACUCAAACGCAGCACCUGUGGAAGUGUCCUUCAUCACCGCCGACCCUCUGGGACAGAACUACAGCGUCAUCUGCAAAACUGGAGAUAACCUGCGGCAGGACGUGCUGGUGCUGCAGAUCGUGCGUCUCCUGGACCGCGUGUGGAGGCAGGAGGGGCUGGACAUGCGCAUGGUCACCUACAGAUGCAUUUCUACCGGAAGAGAUCGAGGGUUGGUGGAAGUGGUGCGUGACGCAGUGACUCUGGCCAAGAUCCAUCAGGAGUGGGGUUUGUCUGGAGCGCUGAGGGAAGACACCUUAGAGAAGUGGUUCCACAUGAGGAACAAGACUAUAGAGGACUACGAGAAGGCUGUGAUGAACUUCCUUCACUCGUGUGCCGGCUGGUGCGUCGCCACGUUUGUUCUGGGCAUCUGUGACCGCCACAACGACAACAUCAUGAUCACACACAGCGGCCACAUGUUCCACAUCGAUUUCGGCAAGAUCAUGGGCAACGCGCAGAAGUUCGGCAGCAUCAAGAGAGACCGGACGCCCUUCAUCUUUACGCCAGAGAUGCAGCGCUUCAUCACGGGCGGCGGCGAGAACCCGCAGCGCUUCCACCGGUUCGUCGAGCUGUGCUGCGACGCCUUCAACAGUCUGCGCAGACGCUCUGCUCUGCUGCUCGGCCUGCUGCAGCUGAUGCUGGCGGCCGGAAUGCCUGAAAUGAAGGACGUCCAGGACCUGCGGUACGUUCACAAUAACCUGCGGCCGCAUGACUCUGAGCUGGAAGCCACUUCAUAUUUCACCAGAAAAAUUAAGGAGAGCAUGGAGAGUUUACCUGUCAAGCUGAACUUCCUCAUCCACAAUAUGGUUCAGUUUUCCUCCGUCAGACGGUCCGAGCCGCUCGCCGACAGCCGGAUCUCCUCCAGCUCCAACAUUCAGGAGGCCGUGAUCCAGAAAUACACCGUCAGCGGCAAAGACGUGACGUACGAGCUGAAGGUGACGAUCGAGGACGGGUACGUCAUCAGUCAGAAGAGCUUUUCUCAGUUCGAGACGCUCCAUAAGCUGCUUCAGAAGCACUUCAUCGAGUCCACGCUGCCGAAGUUCCCCAGCUGGUUUAACAUGUCCUUUACGCCGAGCAGGAAGAUGAGUCUGUUGAACAAGUACCUGAAGGAGCUGUUCGAAGGGCCCUGCAGAGGAAACGAAUACGUCUGCAGCCUGUUUCUGGACGGACCGAACGCCGCUGCCAAAUCAGAAUCAGACGCACAUCUGCGACCACAGAUCCAGCUCUACCUGUCUUAUAAAGACUUCAAACUAUCUGUGAUGAUAAAGCAUUUGAAAAAUAUUAGGCUGUCUAACGGCUCGUGUCCUGAUGCUUAUGUGGUCACGCGACUGAGACCCGACCCACAAGACAAGACCAAGAGGAAGACGAAAGUGGUCCGCAGCAAUGACAAUCCCACAUUCAAUGAACUGAUCUGCCGUUUUCUCUGCAGAUCGAGUACAGGAACGUGCUGAAGCUCCACGGACACGUGCUGGAGGUGACGGUGAAGAGCAGGAAGGCUUUUGUCGCUGCUACAAACGUGGUUCUGGGAGAGAGAGUUCUGGACCAGGAGAAGUGGUUUCCUCUGGGCUUCUCUGCCGUUUAAAGAUCAGCUUCACUCCAACGUGAAGGUUAAAGUUCACAGGAUGAUCUGGUAGAGAUCAUAAAAUAUGGAGGAAAAAGGAAGAACAGUAUUCACAAAACUCAUAAAACGUACCGGAUGGAGUUUGUUUCUUUGUCUUGCUGCUCAUAAAGACACAUUAAAGACCGAAUUCACGGUCACUUUUCUCACAUGUGGAGCUGCUUGGAAACACCUGAUUCCUCAAACUGAACUUGGUGAAACACUGAUUGUACUGUAAAGCUGCUUUGAAGUUGUUUGUAUUAUUUGAAGUGCUAAAUUAAUAAAAGUGAUGAUUAAUAUAUA